UGAAACUCGAAGCCGCGAUCAGAAGGUACCAUUUCGAUUCCUCAAGGAGACGGCGGAGGAGGAGAACAAAAGGUUGAGAAGGGAAAGGAGUAGAAAUGGUGACCGGAGAAGCGUUGAUCGCGUACAGAGCCCUGCUCAGGGCCACGAGGAAAUCGUUCGCCGGAGAUACCGAGAUGCUGAAGGCUUCGGCGUCCGAGAUCCGUAAGAAAUUCGAUGAAAACCGCCACGUGGCUUCCGGCUCCGACAUUACUCGCCUUCUCGAAGAGGCGCGUGAGGCGACGCAGUUCAUUUCCACUAUGAUCGUUCAGGCCAAACUCAACGAACGCGGCGGAUACGAGGUGAAAGCAAGUCAGGAUCACGCAGGAGCUACUUUGGAGCUUCCAUCAGAGGAGAUGCUUCGGAAAAAAACUGUAUGAUUGCUUGUGUGAUAUCACAGAGUCUAGUAGGAAGUUUGAAAAAAGGAGUUUAUGCCGGAAGAGUGAAGCCAUGAUGGUCCCAUAAGUAUGGUUCAUUUUGCAAUGAAAACCACUACACAGUCCCCUCUCUCUCUCUCUCUCUCCUUACCUCCCAUUCAUGACUGUCCAUGGUUUUGCUCAGGAGUCCUUUAUGAUCUUCAUGGUUUUAAGUUCCAAGUCUCUCUUAUUAGUGUCUCAGUCAUGUCUUUUGUUUCAUAGGAAUCAUGUGAACCUUCAUAACCAUAUAUGCUUCGUUCUCUCA